AUGGCGGCGGCCCCGCGCCGGGCGACGGCGCUGAGCGGCCUGGGGAAGGGAAGCCUUUUGCUGCUGCUGGGCUGUAGAGGACCUUGGGCCUUCUUCGCGGCUCCGAGACUCAACUCCGCGCCUUGGGCGCCUUCUCGCGGCGUGGGCCUGCGCCUGGCAGCUCAGAGUCCGGAGGCGCUACUAGCCGAGCACCUCCCUUUCCCGUUCGACGAGUCCUUGAUCGCCGAGAAUGUGACCUACGAGGGCCCGCUGGAGACGCUCAAAGGCCGCGAGAGCUACCUGGAGGCCAUGAGCGACUGGCGGGCCGAGCUGCCGCAGCGCCUGGAAGGCUUCGAGGUGUCGGAGCUGGAGUGCUGGCAGCUGCAGCCGGGCUUGGUCACCGCCAGGUGGCGGGUGUCCUUCCUGGCGCCCUUGCCCCCCACGCCGCGGCUGAUGGAUCUGCCAGAGGAUGUGCCCAAGGUGCCUGGGGCCAUGGUGCCGGUGAGCACCACUUUGAGGGCGGAGCUUACGCUGGACGCGGCCGGGCGCGUGGCGCGGCACGAGGAGGCGAUCGCCGCGGGCUUCGGCGUGUUGGACGCCGUGGCGCGCUACGAGCUGCUCACGGCGCGGCGCCGGGAGGCCGACCCCAUCUCUUGGUACUGGAAAGUGCUCAAGGAGACCUCCCUCGAGGAAAUGGCCUUCUACAGCAACAACCAGGCCACGGACGAUGAGCUGGAAUGGCGCUUCAACGAGAUGGUGUUGCGGAACUUCUUCUACGGUGCCGCACUGGGGGUGUUCUUUUGGAUUACUCUGAAGCUCACCAUCAUGGCGCGGAUGGCCAACUUGUUGGAGGAGCAGCAAGGAGGCUAG